AUGAGAUUAUUUCUUUUCAGGAAUGAUGUCGUACCUGAAAGUAAUGAUCAUAUGGAACAUACUUUGCAUAUCCCUGGUGCUCCUUUCUCUGUCCUUGAUUCAAGAAGUGUCUUCUCAAGGACUCUCCUGUGAAGGACGGUGCUUUGAAGCCUUCGAGAGAGGACGGCAGUGUGACUGUGAUGCCGACUGCGAACGAUACGGCAAAUGCUGCCCAGACUAUGCCAAACACUGCAAAGAGGCACACACAGAAAAGCCAGCCCCGGAGACUCCCCCCGAAAACAAAGCAACAUCUAAAAGGUCAUCCACCGAUGAGGACAAGCCGCCAGAGGAAGCUGUGGAAGAUCCUGGCACUGGACUGGAAAACCCAGAGACCACUCCUGCUCCAACUACAGAACUGGCAGAGACAACCCCUGCAGCCACAGAGCCACCGACUACCCAGAGAGACCCGCCCACCACCCCAAAGGAACAGGACACAACCCCCGAGGCCACUGAGGAACCAGUGACUGAAGAAGACCCUCCCACCACAGAGAAGCCAGAAGAUAUGACCCCAGAUGCCACCGAGGAACCAGUGACUGAACUGGACUCUACCAACAUCCCCCCAACAGAAGACGCAACCCCUGAGGCCUCAGAGGCACCAACAGCUGAGGCUGAAUCUCCCACCACCCCAAAACCUGAAGACACAACCCCUGAGGCAACUGAGGCACCAACAACUGAGGCACCAACAACUGAGGCACCAACAACUGAGGCACCAACAACUGAGGCUGAAUCUCCCACUACCCCAAAACCUGAAGACACAACCCCUGAGGCAACUGAGGCACCAACAACCGAGGCUGAAUCUCCCACCACCCAAAAACCUGAAGACACAACCCCUGAGGCAACUGAGGCACCAACAACCGAGGCUGAAUCUCCCACCACCCAAAAACCUGAAGACACAACCCCUGAGGCAACUGAGGCACCAACAACCGAGGCUGAAUCUCCCAGCACCCAAAAACCCGAAGACACAACUCCUGAGGCAACUGAGGCACCAACAACUGAGGCUGAAUCUCCCACCACACCUAAACCUGAAGACACAACCCCUGAGGCAACUGAGGCACCAACAACUGAGGCACCAACAACCGAGGCUGAAUCUCCCACCACUCCAAAACCUGAAGACACAACCACUGAGGCAACUGAGGCACCAACAACUGAGGCUGAAUCUCCCACCACCUUAAAACCUGAAGACACAACCCCUGAGGCAACUGAGGCUGAGUCUCCCACCACCCCAAAACCUGAAGACACAACCCCUGAGGCAACUGAGGCACCAACAACUGAGGCACCAACAACUGAGGCACCAACAACUGAGGCUGAAUCUCCCACCACCCCAAAACCUGAAGACACAACCCCUGAGGCAACUGAGGCACCAACAACUGAGGCUGAAUCUCCCACCACCCCAAAACCUGAAGACACAACCCCUGAGGCAACUGAGACUGAAUCUCCCACCACCCCAAAACCUGAAGACACAACCCCUGAGGCAACUGAGGCACCAACAACUGAGGCACCAACAACUGAGGCUGAAUCUCCCACCACCCCAAAACCUGAAGACACAACCCCUGAGGCAACUGAGGCUGAAUCUCCCACCACCCCAAAACCUGAAGACACAACUGAGGCAACUGAGGCACCAACAACUGAGGCACCAACAACUGAGGCACCAACAACUGAGGCACCAACAACUGAGGUUGAAUCUCCCAGCACCCCAAAACCUGAAGACACAACCCCUGAGGCAACUGAGGCACCAACAACUGAGGCACCAACAACUGAGGCUGAAUCUCCCACCACCUUAAAACCUGAAGACACAACCCCAGAGGCAACUGAGGCUGAAUCUCCCACCACCCCAAAACCUGAAGACACAACCCCUGAGGCAACUGAGGCACCAACAACUGAGGCUGAGUCUCCCACCACCCCAAAACCUGAAGACACAACCCCUGAGGCAACUGAGGCUGAAUCUCCCACCACUCCAAAACCUGAAGACACAACCCCUGAGGCAACUGAGGCACCAACAACUGAGGCACCAACAACUGAGGCACCAACAACUGAGGCACCAACAACUGAGGCUGAAUCUCCCACCACCCCAAAACCUGAAGACACAACCCCUGAGGCAACUGAGGCUGAAUCUCCCACCACUCCAAAACCUGAAGACACAACCCCUGAGGCAACUGAGGCUGAAUCUCCCACCACUCCAAAACCUGAAGACACAACCCCUGAGGCAACUGAGGCACCAACAACUGAGGCUGAAUCUCCCACCACCCAAAAACCUGAAGACACAACCCCUGAGGCAACUGAGGCACCAACAACUGAGGCUGAAUCUCCCACCACUCCAAAACCUGAAGACACAACCCCUGAGGCAACUGAGGCACCAACAACUGAGGCUGAAUCUCCCACCACCUUAAAACCUGAAGACACAACCCCUGAGGCAACUGAGGCUGAAUCUCCCACCACCCCAAAACCUGAAGACACAACCCCUGAGGCAACUGAGGCACCAACAACUGAGGCUGAAUCUCCCACCACCUUAAAACCUGAAGACACAACCCCUGAGGCAACUGAGGCUGAAUCUCCCACCACCCCAAAACCUGAAGACACAACCCCUGAGGCAACUGAGGCACCAACAACUGAGGCUGAAUCUCCCACCACUCCAAAACCUGAAGACACAACCCCUGAGGCAACUGAGGCACCAACAACUGAGGCACCAACAACUGAGGCUGAGUCUCCCACCACCCCAAAACCUGAAGACACAACCCCUGAGGCAACUGAGGCUGAAUCUCCCACCACUCCAAAACCUGAAGACACAACCCCUGAGGCAACUGAGGCACCAAGAACUGAGGCUGAAUCUCCCACCACUCCAAAACCUGAAGACACAACCCCUGAGGCAACUGAGGCACCAACAACUGAGGCUGAAUCUCCCACCACCCCAAAACCUGAAGACACAACCCCUGAGGCAACUGAGGCACCAACAACUGAGGCUGAAUCUCCCACCACCUUAAAACCUGAAGACACAACCCCAGAGGAAACAACAACCAAGGCAGACUCUCCCACCACCCCUAAACCUGAAGAGACAACUCCAGAGGAAGCCACAACCAAGGCAGACUCUCCCACCACCCCCAAACCUGAAGAGACAACCCCAGAGGAAACAACAACCAAGGCAGACUCUCCCACCACCCCUAAACCUGAAGAGACAACCCCAGAGGAAGCCACAACCAAGGCAGACUCUCCCACCACCCCCAAACCUGAAGAGACAACCCCAGAGAAAACAACAGCCAAGGCAGACUCUCUCACCACUCCCAAGCCUGAGGAGACAACUCCAGAGGAAGCCACAACCAAGGCUGACAGCCCCUCCACCCCUAAAACAGAGGACACAGUCUCUCCGACCACCCCUGCAGCCCCCAAGGCUGACACCACCGUGGUACAGACAACAACACCCACUGCAGUGACAACCUCUGCCCCCGGAUUAGUCUCAGCUGCUGAUAAAGACACAGCAGCUCCCAGCAGUGCUGCAGCCACUACAGCUGGGAAGGACACUCCCACGCCUGGAGCAGACACAAUGCUUUCAGAUACCACAAUGGAGAUCAAGGAGGUAACAACACCCAAGAAAGACAGAACUACUCUGCUUAAAGACAUUUUAACAGCCACAAUUGGGAAAGACUUGGCUACUGUAGCUGUGGCGACAACAGCUAAGCCAGGUGACUCUCCUAAAGGUACAGAUGACGUUCCAAAUGCAGCCAAGCAACCUGUCACUGCAGCAGCUGCAUCAGAAGCAACAACAGCAGCCACAGCUCCCUUGCCCAAGCCCGCAACCACCAAAGCAGAGUCAACUCCUGAACCCAGCAAGGUGGUAACACCCAGUGAAAAAGAGACAAGUACAGAAGCGGAGCAGGCUGCAGCAGCUCCAGAGAGCGCAGGUGCUACUUGUGUGGUGGUGAUGACAGCAGCUGGCAAAAAAGAGGUAACAACCACCAAAGAAGUGAGCACCACACCUGGCAGAGAACUGGAACAGGUCACUGAAAAGGCCCCUGGUACUGACAAAGCAGAGGUAACUACAGUUGCCAAAGAAACCACUACCAGGGAUAAAAAAGACACGAUAGAAGAAAUGUAUCUUGUUUCUAACGGGACAUCCAAGCCAACAAUACAUUUCCAGGAGGUCACUGAGAGCAGAGAGGAGCCUCAUCCUACUGACCCUGAAACUCUGCCUGUGAAAGAACCCGAGAUAAACAAGCCUUUAAUACCAAUUGGGGACCUGCCAAUGUUACCUGGAGAAACACAAGAGAGGAAGGACGACGAGAAGGACCUGUGCAGCGGGAGGCCGGCGGACGGCAUGGUGGCCCUGCCCAACGGCACCCUGGCCGUCUUCCGAGGUCACUACUACUGGCUGCUGAACGGCCGGAGCCCGCCGAGCACCAACCCCCGCCGCAUCACCGACGGCUGGGGCAUCCCCUCCCCGAUCGACUCCGUCUUCUCCAGGUGCAACUGCGAUGGGAAAACCUUCUUCAUCAAGGGCCCCCUGUACUGGCGUUUCACUAAUGGAGUUAUGGAUCCAGGCUAUCCCAAACCUCUUGCCAAUGGAUUUGCAGGGCUAAGUGGGAGAAUAGUAGCAACCUUACCUGUGGCAAGAUUCAACAACAGACCAGAAUCUGUUUAUUUUAUCAAGAGAGAUGGGAACAUGCAGCAGUAUGUGUACAGACAAGAACCAGCCAAGAAGUGUCAGAGAAGAGCACGGAUUACCAUCAGAUACCCAGCUUUUGUGCCAAGAGUUGUCAUCCGGAGGCGCUUCCAACGUGCCGUGCGAAUGCCGACCGUCAUCCGGACUGUCAGAGUCAACCCGCACCCGACUGGAGUUCUGCGCAAGGAAAUCCGAAUGCAAACCUACUGGAGAGGCCUCCCCAAAGUUGUCCACUCAACUCUUUCCAUACCCAACCAGAACAAGCCCGAUGGCUACGAUUACUAUGCCUUCUCUUACAAUCGGUACUACAGUUUGGAUAUUGGCAAAAGAAUAGCAAGACCUGUUACUGCUCUCACAGGAAAGACUGUGUCCAAAGACUGGUACAACUGUCCCAGCAAGUGAUGCACAGCAGAGGAUUUUAAAAAAGAGAUGCCAUUUGAACGUCACCAUUUUUUCUAAUUUUAUUAAUAAAAGACAAUGAAAUGUGUGCACACAACUCUAAGUAUGAAAUGCUGCUUUAAGCUCUGGCUUCAUUACACUAAAGCAACCACAGGCAAACUGGCACUUUGUAUACACAGCUGGAAUUACUUUACAGAUCGUUCAACUAAUGUUUCCUCUGUUCAGGCCUCCUCUGCCUCCCAUGGCAUGAGUUACACCUGUGUUGGGAAAGAAAACAAAUGCAUUAAAGGAAUGAAAGGAUUUAGAGUUAAUCAGCCAUUGUGACAAUUCAUCCUUCCCUAAGGAAUGGCCACUGCAGAGGAGCAGAUCCUUUCUGACUGAGUUCAAGUUCCCCUCUCUCCCCUGAGCCUGGUGACACACAGGUCACCUCUGUUAUGUAAAAGGGGGGCUGACUAUCCUGUGCUGGGUGCUGAAAGAACCAGCAGAGCAUUCUUACCACACCUGAAAUCAGCUGUUGCUGUUGUUAUUAAAAUUAUGGUGACAGAUGAAAGAAAAUCUAUCCUAGGCCCACCUCCUCACUUUUUUUUUUCCUUUAAAAUACCAGCUAAACUAUAUUUCAGUGUUAAAAUCGAGUCUUCUACAAUGUUAAAAUAAUGACAAAUGGAAUACAAUUCAUCUAAAGAUUUUCUUAAUACAGAAGUUGCAAACAAGAACUUAUUGUUGUGGUUGAACUCUAUUUUGCACUAUAAAAAAUCUUUAAUACUUCCAGAAACUUUUUUUUAAAUCAGUAUAGGACACAGUGAUGUCAUAACUGGAACUCUUAAAAGUGCCAAAUGGGAACUGCUCUGUAACUAAAACCAAAGAUUUCUAGACUUCUGUCUAAAACAUUUGCAAGUGUAAGAUCUAUUGCCCUUUACUUUCUCUCCACUGAUAAGAACCAAGUGCCAGAGAAGAAGAAAGUUUGCCUGCCUAAAAACUGCUCAGGCACAUUUAAACAAAACUAGAGCUUUUAGGGUCACAUACCAGAACCUAGGGCAGGGCAUCAUUCCAUGUCUAGAACAAACACAGCCUAUAAAGUACUUCACAGAGUGUCCCCCCAGGAAGGAAGUCCCACAAAGCCUGCAGCCCCCGAGGACUUACCCCUCUGCCUGUUGAACUGGCGCCCGCGCACCCCCGUGCGCAGCGUCGGGGGCUGCAGCCGCACCCGGCGCAGGGACUUGGGCUGGUUGCUGCUCGUGUCUGUGGAGAGGGGGGAAUGCAGAGAGGAAGUCUGUGCCUGGCAGGUUCUCAAUGUUUAUGUGAUUUGAUAGGAGUUAUGCUCUCUAAUUUACUUUAGAAUCAUGAAGGCGCCUCCUUAUCUCACUGACAUGUCCUCUGAUAUAAAUAAAAGCCUGAAGACAAA